AUGGCCAUUUUCUCAGUGCUGGACUUUGUCGCUGUCCUCGUCGCAGCGAAUGCCGUCUACUUUUUUGGCCUCUCGAUCUAUCGUCUCUACUUUCACCCUCUCGCCAAAUACCCUGGACCGCUACUAUGGAGGCUGACACAGUGGCCCGAGGCCAAAUCCGCGUGGGCCGGGAGGAGGCAUGUCGACCUACAACUUUUGCAUGAGAAAUACGGCGAUAUUGUCCGAUUCGGACCUGACAAACUCUCCUUCCGAACCGCCCAGGCCGUCAAUGACAUCUACACCGACCGAAGAGCCAACAUGGUCAAAACAGGCUGGACUCAUGCUGGUGAAAUGAUCAAUCCUGGUAUCACCACGCACGUCGUCUCUGACCGUCAACUCCAUGCGGCCAAACGGAAACUGCUGAACAACGCCUUUUCGGAUCGUGCCAUGAGCAAUUUGGACAAGUACAUCGUCGAACGAAUCCGCGACUGGUGCGCAUAUCUCGCCCAAACAGACGGUUCAAACACCGAAGAGAAGUCGGCGUGGAGCAAGGACCGUGAUAUGGGCCACUGGUCCACGCUUUUGACCAUCGAUGUCCUGGGAGAGCUCUGUUUCGGAGCGAGUUUCGACGCCAUGAAGACGGGAGGCUGUUAUAUUAUGGAGCUCCUGAUUUCGAGCUCCCGGUUUCUACAAGCGGUAAGUGACAUCCUCCCGCCGUCUUCCACCUCGAAGAUGCUGAUCGAUGCCAAGGUCUGUUUCCUCCCUCCCCGCGAAUUGCUCUUCCCAUUCAUGAAACCUCACCACUUGUCCGCGAUUGGCCGGGCCACAGGCGCCCAGAACUUGAUCAACAAAGUCCGCUUCCGUCAGGACAUUGGUAAAUUAGUUGAGAAGCGGUUCGCCGUGGAAAAGGCCGACGCCGAGAAGUCAGAAGGGGACAAACGCAAGGAUUUCUUCUAUUACCUCCUCCGCGCCAAGGACCCACAGACCGGAGAGACGUUCCUGCCCAAGGAUCUCGUCGGGGAGGCGGCGUUGCUUGUCGGCGCCGGCUCUGACACGUCCAGCACGGCGCUUUCAGCUCUGUUCUUCUACUUGACGCGCAACGAGAGGGCGCUGAAGAAGUUGGAGGAAGAAAUCCGCACGGCGUUCACCGACGUCGAGGAGAUCAAGUACUCGGCCCGACUGACCAACCUGCCGUACCUGCGAGCGUGUAUCGACGAAGCGAUGCGCAUGUCCCCUCCUGUUCCGGGCUUGCUCGACCGCCUCGUCCUCCCGGGCGGUGCCAUGAUCGAUGGUCGCCACAUCCCCGCCGGCACGACAGUCGGGGUCCCCAUCUACGCCAUCCAUCACAACGAGACCUACUUCCCCAACUCCUUCUCGUACAUUCCCGAACGAUGGAUCCCGGGGCCCGAGUCCUCAGCCACGGCAGGAUUCACCGUCACGCCAACGUCGGUGGAAGUCGCGAAGAUUGCAUUCCACGCCUUCAGCUCCGGCCCGCGAGGCUGUGUAGGCAAGAACAUGGCAUACAUGGAACUGUACACGGCAGUGGCACGGGUCAUGUUCCUGUUCGACACGAGGUUGAAAGAAGGCGACCACACAGGCGAGGGAGGCGGAGGAGUCGAGUGGGCCACCGGCGAAGGACGACACAGGAAGGACGAAUAUCAAUUGAGGGAUUGGCUGAUAUCAGAUCGGGUGGGCCCCGUCGUGCAGUUCAAGAGCAGGGAAGGGGUUGAGUUGGCGGCGCCGGCGGCGUGA